AGGCAUAUAGAAACCAAUAAUUUCUUACUUAUUCAAAGUGAAAGGUUCCACAGGAAAAAGACACCACAAACCAUCUAAUCCUUCAUUCAAAGACCAGAAAUUCUCAAAAACAAAAACCAAAGUUUUUCAUGUUUAUGGAGCUUCACAAUCACUUCUCAUCAUCUCUUGGCACCAUUUCCCUUUUCUCUCUAAACCUCUCUUCUAUCUUCUUUUACUUCUUGCUGUCAUCUUCAGUUUUUUCUCUUGGUCAUAUAAAUGGUUAUAUGUUCAUCUAUGGAGGUUGUUCACAAGACAGAUACCCACCAGACUCUCCUUUUGAAGUACACCUCAACUCUUUACUAUCUUCAAUUGUUAGUUCAUCUUCUCAGUUUUCUUACAACGCUUUCGCUAUCGGUAACAGUAGUACGCCCGACAGUGACGCCGCGUACGGUUUAUAUCAAUGCAGAGGUGACUUGAAACUUCAUGACUGCACAGCUUGUGUUCAAAAUGCAGUGGGACAAAUAAAUUUGGUAUGUCCAAAUUCUUUUGCAGCUGGUUUGCAGUUAGAUGGUUGUUAUGUCAGAUACGAAAAUAUCGAUUUCUUGGGUAAACCCGAUACGGCAAUCUUAUAUAAAAAGUGCAGCAGAAGUACUAGUGAUGAUGUUGAAUUCUAUAAGAGAAGAGAUGACGUUCUUGCGGAACUACAAGCAGCUACAAGCUUUCGGGUUGCUAGUUUAGGAAUGGUGGAAGGUUUUGCUCAAUGUUUAGGUGACUUGAGUCCAUCUGAUUGUUCGUCAUGUCUUUCUGAAGCUGUUUCGAAGCUGAAAAACACUUGUGGCUCCGCAUCAGCAGUGGAUAUUUACUUGGGACAGUGUUAUGCUCGGUAUUGGGCUUCCGGAUAUUACAAUUCCUCAGAUUCUUCUAGCGAGGAUAAUGUCGGAAGAACCGUGGCUAUUAUAGUGGGUGUACUUGCAGGUGUUGCAGUGAUCAUCGUGCUCCUCUCAUUUUUACGCAAAGCACUCGGCUAGGAGGAUAAAAGUUGCAGCUGCACGGUUCCACUCCUUGCAUAAAAUGUACCCGGUGAUUUAUGGUUCCAUUUUAUUGCUGGAGAUGGUGAAUUGGUAAUUCUUCUGUAAAAUGUUCUUUGUAUUGAUUUUUCGCAUCUAUAUAAUACAGUGUAGUGCAACUAAGUGGUUGCUUUGUCUUUCCUUUUUUCCCGUGGGGUAUAAAGUAUUCUUCUAGUGCC